CCCGCGCUUGUUCAUCCCCUUCACCGAGCCGGACGCGCCGCCGCGCGCACGCCGAGGCUGACCCGGACCAAUCCGGCGCCUGGUCCAACCCCGUGCGACCUAGGGACACCGCACGCGAGCCCACGCCCACGAAGCACCCCCGCAUCCCCUCCCCGAUCAAUCUCGUUGCCGCAUGCUCGAGCGAGGGCAAAACGCAUCUCGCCCGGAGCUCCGCCGUCCGCCGUCGUUCACCGCUCGUUUGCGCCGCCCGCACCAGGACGAUGCCGCCACCGACGCCCGACUUCGCCGGAGCACGCCGGAGGUCAGGAGCUCGCCACCGCCGCUCGAGGGAGCCCCGUCGCCGUUGAACACCACCACUGCGUCCGCAACUCGAAGCCGCCUCCGCCCGUCCCCUUACCUUCGCCGGAGACCCGCCGGAGACGCGCCGCCGCCGACGCCCGAGACCGCCGCCGCCGUCCUCUGUUCUCUGAUUGUCCGGAGUGCGACGCGAGCUAUUGUCAAGAGUGUGACUUUCUGAACCAGAACCAAG